AUGGGCAUUAUCUGCUGCCCCCUGACUCGCUACCACUUUGGCGGGAUGCAGUCAGACUGCUCCACUUGUGGCAGCUCCCACCACAUGGGAAUUAUCGAACCGUACCUGUGGUUCACUGGCCAUGCUCAGUAUCAUGAUCCCGUUUCGGCCUAUCAAGGUCGGCUGAGGGACAUACGCCUCGCGCUAAAAGGGGGGAAGGACAGAGAGGACCUCAGAGGCUCAUGA